AUGGGUAUCACGAUGCACAACGGCAAAGAAAAUCAGGGAAAACUUCAAGUUACUCAUGAAGGAACCACCAUAGAUAAAAAGACCAGGAUAGAUAUGUUGAACAGAGAGUAUGAAAUAAUUGCAAUAAAGGAAGGAGAAUCUAUUAAUGAACUGUUCGAAAGAUUCAACAUCAUCAUUGUUGGCUUGGAUGCUAUAAGAAUCAAGAAAAUGGUAAAGUUCAAGGAAAGAGGCAAGGGAAGCAGUUCAAGAAAACAAAAGAAAGAUUUUAACAAGGUGACAUGUUACAAAUGCAAAGAGACUGGGCAUUUCAAAUCUGAUUGCCCUAAGUUAAAGAAGGAGGAGAAGUCAAAGAAAGGAAAGAAAAAGGAACUGAUGGCUUCUUGGGAGGACUUGGAAAAUGACUCAGACAAUGAUGAAGAAUCUGAGACCAAGUCCCAACCAUGUCUCAUGGCAGAUCACGUUGAACAGGUAGUCUCUCAUAACCUUGACACUGAAGAUCUUCAUCUUAUGAUAGACCACGUUUCUGAAAAAAUUACAUGUUUCUUGCUGGAUAACCAAGAUCUUGAACAACAAAUCACCAUUCUUAAAGUUGAAAAUGGUUUCCUUAAAGAUAAACUAAGGGAGGCUGAAAUUGCUGUUGAACUUGUAUGCCUAGCAUCCAAGCGGAAGGGCAAUAUGUGGUUCAUGGAUAGCGGAUGCUCUGGGCAUAUGACCGAAAAAGCAACCUUCUUCAUAAAGCUUGAUGAGUAUGACGGAGGGUUUGUCACUUUCGGUGAUGAUGGUAAAGGAAAAAUAGUGGCCAUUGGAAAAUUUGGUAAAAGCUUCUCAUCUUCUAUAAAUGAUGUUCUUCUUGUUGAUGGUUUGAAACAUAAUUUACUAAGUGUUAGCCAAUACUCAUCUUCUAUAAAUGAUGUUCUUCUUGUUGAUGAAAAUGAUUCAGAUUGUGAAGAUGUUGUCAAUAAGGAAAUCAAUGAAGAAAAUCCUAAGUCUGUUCAAAAUGAAGAAUCUGUCCGUCCUGUUUUGUCGCAUCAGGAUGGAUGA